CCAGGCGCCGUGAAGUCGAUGGGAUGUGCGAGCAGAGUAGAAGGGUCAUGACGAUGGGUGUUUGGAUUCAUCGUUCUCUUUCCACUGCCACUCCUUAAUUACCUCUACCUUUCGUGUCCACGACACUCCAUUAAACUGCCCUCACCAUGGGAGUAACAGGCCUCUGGCCCAUCCUCGCCCCCUCCGCACGCCCAACUCCUCUGCCGACAUUAAAUCGCAAACGCCUCGCAGUCGACGCCUCGAUCUGGAUCUACCAAUUCCUGAAAGCGGUCCGCGACAAGGAAGGCAAUGCGCUGCGCAACUCCCACAUCGUGGGCUUUUUCCGCCGUAUCUGCAAAUUACUCUACUUCGGCAUCAAGCCCGUCUUUGUAUUCGAUGGCGGCGCACCAGCGUUGAAGCGACAGACUGUGCUUGGGAGGAAACGGAGAAGAGAGGGCAGGAGAGAAGAUGCUGUGAGGACAGCGGGGAAGUUGCUGGCGGUGCAGAUGAAGCGGAGAGGUGAAGAAGAAGAAGAGAAGCGGAAACAAGAUAGGGAGAGAGCACGGGACGGUCUGCCGAGUAUAGAAGAUGAGGAAGAAGCCAUUCCCGAGGAUUUGGUGUAUGUGGGCGAGAUGGGCAUGUCAGCCGCCGAACGCCAACAGACGCGCAAGUUCAAGAAAACGGAUCAGUAUCACCUCCCCGACCUAACGAACGGUAUCGAAGGUAUGGGACAACCAAAUGACCCGAGAAUCAUGAGUGCCGAGGAAUUAGAGGAGUAUGCGAGGCAGUUUCAUGAUGGCGAGGAUGUCAAUCUGUAUGAUUUCAGCAAGAUUGAUUUUAACGGCGAGUUUUUCCUUAGUCUGCCGCCGGGGGACAGGUAUAAUAUCCUGAAUGCGGCGAGGUUGAGGUCUAGGUUGAGGAUGGGGCUUAGUAAGGAGCAGUUGGAGGAGAUGUUUCCGGAUCGGAUGGAGUUCUCCAAGUUCCAGAUCGCGAGAGUGAAGGAGAGGAAUGAGUUAACGCAGAGGCUCAUGAAUUUAAAUGGGAUGAACGAUAUGGCGGGUGUUGGGGGAGGCCGGAUUGCUGGGGAGAGAGGGAGGGAGUAUGUGUUGGUGAAGAAUGAUGGUGUUGAGGGUGGUUGGGCGUUGGGUGUUGUGAGUACGGAUAAGACGGUCGGGCAGAGGGAGAAGCCGAUUGAUGUUGAUGCAUUGCAUCCAACGGUCCAGAAUCUGGUGAGCGAUGAAGACGAAGAUGAUUUUGAGGAUGUUCCUAUUGAGGGUCUGAAUCGAUUACCGAAGGCCAAAACCUAUCCUCGAGCUCAGGAAUUUGAUGAAGAGAGGCAGAAGUUUUAUGAGUCGAGAAAUGGGCGACAGACUCGAGAAGUUUUCGAGGAUCCAGUUUCGCUAUUCGUUGACGAUAAUCCAAUGGAAGAGUCGUCCAAUGGAAAUGGAUAUACAUUUGACGAAGAAGAUGAGGAACUCAAUCGAGCUAUUGCUAUGUCUUUACAACAAGAGGACGUGGAUGUGGGAUCACAUGUGGAUGAGGAACAGGAUCACAUCAAUCAAGCUAUCGCACUAUCUCUCCAGAAGAAUCACCGACAAGAGGAGUCCGACGAGGAAGAAGAGUUUGAAGAUAUCAUGAUGCCAGAAUACCAACAGAAGGCAGUACAAGAACCAAAACCCAUCACAAGCUCUGGUGGUCGAAUGGUUGCACAUAUUGUCAACAAUCGAGCAAAUGCUGCUGUGCCAAAACGGAAAGCUGUGGACAUCAGCAGCGACAGUGACGAGGAAAUGGAUCUACAAGCUGCACUCGCCAAAGCUAGGAGACAGAAAGCUCCGGAUUCCAGACCGAAGAAGCCAGCGCCAGUUGUCUCGAAUCUGAAAAACCCUUUUGAUGGCCCAUUGCCAUUUGAAAAACUAGAUUUCAAGACUUCUAUCUUUGGAAAGAAGAACCAGAUGUCUGAUGCAGUGGCCGAAGGUGGUGAGGGAGAAGAAGAGGAUGGCAUGGCUGGUGGCUUUGACAACGACCUUGAGGACGAUGCUCCUAGGCCUCUACCACCGUGGUUGGCUAGCGGUGGAGAUAUUCGAUCACAGGUUGAGAUACAGAAGAAACGAGAUCAAGAAUUGAAUGCAGAAGACAGAGAAGUCGCUGAAGAAGAGGAACGCCAGUUCAGGAGACAAAACGCGCCCAUCCAGAUUGAUUCUUCAGACGAGGAAAGCGAUGUUGAAGUCGUGGAUAAGCCGCCAACGCCAAAAGCUAAACCAAACCUAGAAUCCGAAACGUUUGGUGAAGUGGCUGAGAAUAUUAGGGCCGAACCGCCUGUGUCUGAGAUUCCGCAGAACAGGCAACCAUCAGUCGAGCAAGAAAAUGAACCGGCUCAGGACUCUGAAGCUGAAGAGAUCGACUGGUCUGAGAGUAACUAUGGUGAUGCUACCACCAAGUCUGCGAAGGUGAUUGAUACAAUGACUUCAUCUGGCGAUAGAACGGACAUUGUCGCUUCGAAAUCUACGUCACCUGAACCAGACUUUGAAGACGUUGAAUUGCCAGUUGACGAUAGUGAGGUCAGACAAGCUUCUUCAACAAAUACUGCAGCAAGGAAGAGUCCUAGUCCAACAUUCGAAGAUUUCAAUAUGCCAGAUUCUACGGCAGCUUUUCCAUCAGAUCACGCUGCUGCUUCCGGAGUUCCAGGCCUUCCCACCGAUGAGUCUCUUGAACGUCAGCGAGCCGAAGAAGAUGCCGAAUUCGAUCUUAGCGAUCCGGAUGACGAAGAAAUGCUUGCCCAAAUGGCUCUUGAAACGGAAGAGCAUGCUCGAUUCGAAAGUACUUUGAAUCACAAAUCCGAGCGGGAGAAUCAAGAAGCCUACGAGCGUGAUAUCAAAGCUCUUCGCAACCAACAAAAGAAAGAUCGUCGAGAUGCAGAUGAGGUCACAAAUCAGAUGAUCACUGAAUGCCAGAUGCUUCUUCGACUUUUCGGCCUCCCAUACGUCACUGCUCCUAUGGAAGCUGAAGCCCAGUGUGCGGAAUUGGUGAGCUUGGGUCUAGUCGAUGGUGUUGUCACGGAUGAUUGUGAUAUCUUUCUCUUUGGUGGCACGAGAGUCUACAAGAAUUUGUUCAACAGCAACAAACUAGUCGAGUGCUACCUUUCCAACGACAUUGAGAAAGAACUAUCUCUUAAUCGCGAUCAACUCAUUGCUUUCGCACACCUUCUGGGCUCGGAUUACACAGAAGGUCUUGCAGGCAUAGGACCCGUCACCGCAGUCGAGAUCCUCUCAGAGUUUCCGUCCACGAAAGGUUUGGAAGAAUUCAAAGAGUGGUGGUUAUCAGCACAACACAGUUCCAAACCCCUCAACACAGAGCCCUCGACGUUCCGUAAAAAGUUCAGAAGAUCACAAGCGACGAAACUCUUCCUCCCUCCAGGCUUUCCCUCUCCAGCAGUGACCGAAGCAUAUUUGAAACCAGAUGUAGACGCCAAUCCUGAACCUUUCCAAUGGGGUGUUCCAGACUUGGAUCGACUGCGAGACUUCCUCAUGGCAACCAUAGGCUGGACCCAAGAACGAACAGACGAAGUUCUCGUCCCUGUGAUCCGAGACAUGAAUCGCCGCGAACAAGAAGGAACUCAAAGUAACAUCACGCGUUUCUUCGAAGGAGCGGUCGGUGCUGGUGCUGGCGGCGUCGUGGGUAAAGAGAGAGCAGUGGGAAGCAAAAGGAUGAAAGACGCUGUCAAUAAACUCAAGGCGAAGAAAUCGGCCAGGGAAGGAAGCGUGUUGACGAGGACGUACUCGGAUGAGGCGAGAGAGUGGGCAGCAAAGAAUGAUAUUGGGUGGACGGAGAAGGAACAGGCUAAGCAUGCUAGGAAGAGUGGGAAGCGGAAGGAGAAGAAGAAGAAGGAUGUCACGGCUGCUGUAGAGAGGAUACUUGCUGCGGGUGAAAGUGACGGCGAGGAUGAGAGUACUAGUGGUGAUGAGUAUAGAAAGGAAGGAAUUAGGAGUAAUGGGAAAGGAAAGGGAAAGGCGGCUCGGAAAAGGGCUAAGGUUUAGAGGCGUUUCAGCGGAAAUAUAUCUUGCUUGUAUGGAUUUACACCCGCGAUGAUAAGGUGGAAUAAUCUCUGAGCUAGGUAGAGAAGAUAUUAUUACCUUGACAUCUG